CCAUUUUGAGUUGUGAUGGCGUUCUCCAUGAAGAUAUCGACCGGCAAGAACAAGAAGAAGCCGCUCGCUGCGCCCUUUGCGUCUGGAACAAAGCAGUACGGGCUGGUUCUCCCGAAAAAGGAUGCAAAGAAGAAGGAAAUCUCGACAAGUUUCAAUGUAUUCGCAGCUGCAGCUGGAAGGAGCAGUAAGGAGAAGACAGAAGAGAGCGAAAAGGAUGCAAUACGUCGAGUCGGAGCUGAAGCAGCCCGCAGUCUGCAGCAGAGCCAAGUGGAUAAGGUGCGCGCCCAAGCUCUGGCUGAAGACGCCUCCGUCUUCGACUACGACGCAGUGUACGACGACAUGAAGAGCGCGCGGGAGACUGAAGCUGAGAAGCGCGCCGUUAAGAGAGAAGAGGAGAAGAAGAAGCCCAAAUACAUUAGCACAUUGCUGCAACAAGCAAAGAUCCGAGAGGUCGAGAACGAGCGCAUUCGCGAGCGCCGACUGCUCAAUGAGCGCAAGGCUGACGAUGCGCUGUACGGAGACAAAGAGAAGCUCGUUUCAGCCUCGUAUAAGAGAAAACUACAGGAAAUGCAGCGCUGGGAUGCAGAGGACGCGCGGCUUGCUGCCGUGGAGGAGCAAGAAGACGUCACUAAGCAGGGCGAGCAUGCAAUGGCAGGCUUUUACGCUAAUCUCAAUAAGAACAUCGCGAUGGGUGGCUCGACGGACAAUGCGCGAAGUGCGUACACAGCUAAAGAGGCACGAGAUGAUGCGACAACUAGCGAGGAACCGGCUAGAGCUGAGCGAGGACGCGAGCGUGAACUUGACAACCAUGAACGUGAAACAACAAACACUCCUGUUGACGAACCUGCGAACAAGAAAACGAGAAGCAACAAGCAACCAGACGAGGGUAGACGGUCUUCGCCAGAGCGCAAGGAGGUUAGUACCAAGGCCGAGCCACCGAAAGACCAGUGCGAAGAGGCGAAACCGAGCAAGGAGGACGCUAUCGCCGCUGCCAGGGCACGUUUCUUGGCUCGAAAAGCGCAACGGAAAACUUGAUAGAAAAAAUAUAAAAAAA